AUGGAAACGGAUGGAGGUCGCUGGACGGUCUUCCAGCGUAGACAAGAUGGUUCUGUUGACUUCUCUCUUUACUGGUCCGAUUACAAAUACGGUUUUGGAAACGUUUCCUCCGAGCACUGGCUCGGUAACGACAACAUCCACCGUCUUUCCCGUAAUAAGACCUACGAGCUACGGAUCGACCUCGAAGACUUCGAUGGACAAACGCGCUAUGCCACCUACAGCAAUUUCAGUAUUGCGGACGAGGUCGCAAAGUACAUCCUGGCCCUUGACAAGUACUCCGGAGACGCAGGUGACAGUAUGUCGUUUCAUGCAGGUUAUUCGUUCAGUACACGGGACCGCGAUCAUGAUGAUGCAGCGGGACACUGCGCCGGUUAUUACAAAGGAGGCUGGUGGUACAAUAAAUGCCAUCGUGCUAACCUCAACGGCCUAUACCUGAACGGUCCAACCACACAGGCGGAGAGCGCCAAGGGUGUGGUAUGGGGUGUAUGGCUCGGUAAUUUAUACUCCCUCAAGAAGACGGAGAUGAAGCUUCGACCGACGUAAAUAACAAACGACUGUCAUAAGAAAGUGCUGGUUUACCACGGGGUUUCGUAAGCACACUUAAGACCAUCGCACUUUAUGUUUCGUA